AUGAGGAAAUUCAACCAAGUCUUGAAUUACUCUAAAGAAGAGCGGUUGAUUACGGUUCAAACUGGAAUAACAUGGAGAAAAAUUAUAAAAUUGAUCGAUGCAGACAAUCUAUCGGUUUCGGUGAUGCAGUCCUACGCGAGUUUCACAGUUGGUGGUUCACUUAGCGUGAAUGUUCAUGGCAGAUAUCGAAACCCCUUAAUAUCCACAGUCGAAGACAUUAAGAUCAUCGUCGCUAAUGGAACUGUGAUUCAAGCAAGUCCCUUCAAGCACAGUGAACUAUUCUAUGGAGCAAUUGGUGGCUAUGGGGGUCUGGGUGUAAUUACAGAGGUGACAUUGAAACUGUCAGAGAACUUUAAAAUGGAACGAGUAUCAAUUCCACUUCAGCUUAACCAAUAUGUUGACUUCUUUAUGAAGAAUCUACGAGACGACCCCAAUGUGAUCAUGCACAAUGCUCUUUUAUAUCCUGACAAAUAUUCUGAAGUUCGAGUUGUGGCGCACUUGAAAACGUUCAAGCCGUUGACAAUCGUCCACCGGUUGCGCUCGAAAAAACGAGGAAUUUCUAUGAAUCGAUUUCUGACUUCAGCCAUGACAAGAUUGCCAGGAAGGCUGGAGAUACGAAGACAGUUGCUGGACCCCGUCCGAUUUUCUAAAGGCAUUGUUUUGCACCGAAAUUACGAAGCCACCUCCGAGACAGCAGACGUUGAGCCGCUGUUCGAAGAUACAACGUUUAUACUUCAAGAAUAUUUUGUUCCACUCACUAAAUUUCAAGAGUUUGUACUUGGAAUGAAAUCUGUCCUUCUGCGAUAUAAAGUAGAUGUUAUGAAUGUAUCGAUUCGACAGUCUCGUCCAGACCCAGGAUCGAUUCUCGCUUGGGCUACGCAAGAGGUUUUCGCAUUUGUCGUGUAUUACCAGCAAGAGAGAAACCAACAAACGCAAGAACAAGAUCGUGUGUGGACGCGUGAGUUGAUCGAUGUCGUGUUAUCCUGCGGCGGAAAAUUCUACUUGCCGUAUCAAAUUCACGCAACAGAACGGCAAUUUCAUGAAGCAUACCCACGCGCUGUCGAAUUUUUUGAACUAAAAAAUCAAAUUGACCCCGAAUAUAAGUUUCUGUGUUCGUCUGUUGUGCGUAGUGCGGUUGCCAACGACACAGAAGAAUUGCGAGAGACGUGCUGCUGUAUUCCAAAGUUGAUUUCUGUUGAAUUCGAAACGCAUGUACGAAAAAAUUUACAGACUAUUGGUGGUAAUACGUUUCGAUGA